GAAAUGAAUUCGAAAUUACAGAAAUCGACUAAUUAAAAUCAGAAAUUCAAUUCCAGUCCACAAUUCAGCCACAGCUUUGCUUCGCAUCAUCAAUCAAUGGCGACGCAUCUCACAAUUCUCGGCAUGCUUUUGCUGGCAAUUACUUUUGGUAUUUCUUUCGCUCAGAAUAGUCGAAAGGAAUUGAGAACAAAAGAGACGAACCAAGACCAAAUUAUUCGAUUGGGUAAUCAAGUGCAGUCUAAAAGUAUUGAUCCAUCACGAGUCACUCAAAUCUCGUGGCAACCAAGGGUGUUCUUGUAUCGAGACUUUCUAUAUGAGGAGGAGUGUGAUUAUCUGAUUUCUCGGGUCAAUGGGGAGAGAAGUUAUACUGUGGGGGUCGAUGAUUCCACAAAGAUUGACGCGAACAAGGAUGAAAUCGCUACAAGGAUUGAGGAAAGAAUCUCCGCAUGGACUUUUCUUCCCAAAGAGAACAGCAAAUCUUUGCAGGUUCUGCACUUUGGGCCCGAAAACCCGAAACAGAACUACAAUUAUUUUCACAAUGAAUCUGCAGAGGAAGUUGGUCAACCUUUAUUGGCAACCGUGAUAUUGUAUCUCUCAAAUGUCAGCCAAGGUGGCCAAAUAAUUUUCCCCCAAUCGAAGAAAACUAUGUGGUCUGAUUGUACAAAGAGCAGCAAUAUCUUGAAACCUAGUAAAGGAAAUGCUGUCGUGUUCUUCAAUCUACACCUUAACGCAACUCCAGAUACAAGUAGCGUACACGCUAGAUGCCCUGUCCUGCAGGGAGAUAUAUGGUUUGCCACCAAAUUCUUUUAUCUCAAAGAAAUUACUAUUGGCGUCGAAAAGGAGGGGCAAUCACGAUCCGACGGUGGUGAUUGCACGGAUGAAGAUGAGAGCUGUUCCCGAUGGGCUGCCAUCGGCGAGUGUCAACGAAAUUCCGUUUUUAUGAUUGGCUCUCCCGACUACUACGGCACGUGUAGGAAGAGUUGCAAUGCUUGCUAAUACUUAUAGCUCUAAGGUGACAGACGCGUAUUAAUCUCCUUUUUUUUUCUAUCUUUUUUUUUCUCUCUUUUUUUUUCUUUUUGGUUGGAAGAAUACAAUCAACUUAUAUCUUGUAGAGCUCUUGUAUUUAUAUUGUUAUACUAACCUCAAGAAUUUAUCAAGAAAAUAAAUUUU